GCCGCCGCGGGCGGGCCGGGGCGCGGCGCGCUGGGCUGAGGGGAGCGGAGCGGAGCUGAGCCGAGCCGAGCCGAGCCGAGCCGCGGCCGCCGGCGACGAACAUGCCGUCGGGAAGGGAGCCGGGCGCCUCUCGGCUGCGGGAUCCGAGCGGGGCGGCCGCCUUGUCAACGCCCGGCAGCGCCUGAGCCCGCGCCGCGCUGCUCCAGCGCAUCGCCAUGGACGAGCGCUUCAACAGGUGGCUGCUGCCGCCGCUGCUGGCGCUGCUCUUCUUGCUCAUCGUCUACCAGUACGUGUCGCCCGCCUGCCCCGGCGCCGUCUGCCUUCGCCGCCCGCCGGCCUCCGCCGCCCGCCGCGGGGGGGACCCGGCGGAGCGGGACGAGGAGGAGGAGGCGGCGGCGGCGCUGCCGCGGCUGGUGGCCAAGUUCCCGUUCGCGCGGGGGGAGCUGUGCCGGCGGGUGCGGUUCGACAUGCGGGGCCGCGACGUGAUCGUGUUCCUCCACAUCCAGAAGACGGGCGGCACCACCUUCGGGAGGCACCUGGUGCGCAACAUCCGCCUGGAGCAGCCCUGCUACUGCCGGGCCGGGCAGAAGAAGUGCGCCUGCCACCGCCCGGGCGGCGACAAGGACACCUGGCUCUUCUCCCGCUUCUCCACCGGCUGGAGCUGCGGGCUGCACGCCGACUGGACCGAGCUCACCAGCUGCGUGCCCGCCGCCAUGGAGCGCCGCGGCUGCGCCGGCAACCGCACCCUCAGGAACUUCUAUUACAUCACCAUGCUGAGGGAUCCGGUGUCACGGUACUUGAGUGAAUGGAAGCAUGUCCAGAGGGGUGCGACGUGGAAAACUUCUCUUCAUAUGUGCGAUGGAAGAAGCCCAACACCAGAUGAGCUGCCUACCUGUUACGAAGGAGAUGACUGGUCUGGAGUCAGUUUACAGGAAUUCAUGGAUUGUAGCUACAACCUGGCCAACAACCGCCAGGUGCGCAUGCUGGCAGACCUCAGCCUGGUGGGGUGCUACAACUUGACUUUCAUGAAUGAGAGCGAAAGAAAUAUGAUUCUUCUCCUAAGCGCCAAGAACAAUCUGAAAAACAUGGCCUUCUUUGGGCUCACAGAAUUUCAGAGGAAAACGCAGUAUCUCUUUGAGAGGACAUUCAACCUGAAAUUCAUUUCUCCGUUCACCCAGUUCAACGUUACGCGGGCCUCCAAUGUGGACAUUGGUGAGGAUGUGCGGCAGCGGAUAGAGGAGCUGAAUUUCUUGGACGUGCAGCUUUACGAAUACGCCAAGGACCUGUUCCUGCAGCGCUUCCAGUAUUCCAAGCAAGAGGAGCAUCAGAAGAACCGGCUAAAGAGGCGAGAGGAGCGGCGGCUGCUGCGGGAGCAAAGAGGUCACCAGUGGCCAAGGGAAGAGGCAGCAGAAGCAGCUGUUACUGAAGAUUAUAAUAGUCAGGUAGCAAGGUGGUGACAUUCCUCCAUCUUGACUAACCCGUGAGAGGAACAGAGAGCUUGUGCAACUUGGCUACUUGGGAGCUGGCCAAGGAAGGCCUACCACUUUGGUAAAUGAGACUGCAUCUGGCAACCACCCCUCCUUGUCUCAGUUUUUCUUGGUUUCUGCCAGUGAGGAGAAUGUAUUUUUUUCUCAAUAGGCACUGAUUAGUGUUAUUAAAUGGCAGUAGAAUAGGCUCGUGUCCAAAAAGACUUCCUUCAAAGCCCUAAGCUAUGAGGAUGGGUUGAAGAG